AUGAGUUUUCUCUCACCAAUCGAUCUUUACAGAACAUUAACUGGUCUUAAUCAUCGUAUUAAUGAUUUACUUUUUUCUAUGACUCCACGUCCAGUUCUCGAUACAUCUCAAUGUGUUGGUGAUAGAAUAUGGUUUUCUGAUCUAUUUCAGUUAAUCGAAGGAAAAGAUAUUUGGUCACAACUUCUUCGUUCUUCAAUCGAUACAAUUCGUCUUUGUGGGACACUUGUUAGCAAUGCACUUUGCAAUUAUAAUCGAUCUCCCAAACAAUUGAUGUCGAAUCAAACUUUCUCACAUUUUUUUCCUUCACUUCGUCGAUUGUAUAUAACAGGGAACGCUGCUAAUCAGAUUAUAAUAUCACAAUUGUUCGUUCCAUUGUCAACAACACUUCGCGAUGUUCAUUUCACAUUUGAUGCACCUUUCAAUAGUUCAUCGUAUUAUGAAGUGGUGAAUAGUUUCACUAAUCAUGAGUUAUCAUUUUAUCGCAUGGUAUUUGAUUUUGAAAAUGACGACAUUAAAGAACAUUAUGAUGCAAAAGAAUAUGAAUGGAAACAAAUGCAUUUACCAAAUACUGUUUAUUUAUCACUCUACAUCAAGCGAUUAGAUGAUCUAUACAAUCUUCUUGAUAUUCAAUCAUUACCCGCUCUCUAUCAUCUGGGUGUUAGUUUUAUCAAACGUGGUCUCAUAAAUGAUGUCAAACUGAUGAAUGUUAACAAUAUAACAAGUCGUUUAAGUUUUCUCAAACUUAGUUACAUGUCAAUGAUUGAUAUUCAUGAUAAUAAACCAAUAAAUUUAUUACAAUUGAUUGACAAUUCUCUAUUGUCAAACUUAUUUCCACAACUUACUAUAUUCUGGUCAAGUGGAAAGAAUAUACCUCUUGACGACAACUUCGCCAAAUUAGUUAUAUUAAUUGUUACUCAUUUUGAAAAACUCACUGAAAUGAUUAUUAACAAAGACUCUCGUUAUCGAGAUUUAGGCAUUCAUGGUCAUGAUUUAUUACGUACCCAACAACGUGAUAUCGAAAACUUAUUAAGAAAUGUUCAUGAAUUCCAUGAUCGAAAUCGUAUGAGUAUUCAUUGGACUAAUUAUCCUGAAUUACGUAUUUGGUUAUAA